AUCGCCGAGUCCUUACGAGUACCAAAGUCAUGGCCCAACAAGCUACAUGUCGAGAAGCUGGGUCUGAGGUCUAACGGCCUAUUCAUCUUCGCCGCGACUGCAGUCAAGUAUGUUGGAGACCCGGUGUAUGGUGAUCCCGUUGGACGGCUCGAGAGACUCAUGUCCGCCACGGCAGAAGCUGGCCCUCAUCAGUUACUCGAUGAACUGUACCUGCAGGUCCUCGAGACUGCCUUCCCUGACAUGUCGGACGACCUGUCAACACGAGUGAAGUCCAUCCUAGGUUCCAUCGUCAUUGCCCAAGACCCCCUUCCUGUCUCCGGCCUCUCGCGUCUGGUUGGUCUCUCCGUUGACACGGUGUACAACAUUCUCAGUGGUCUCCGCUCUGUCCUUAUUGUACCGGAGUCUGAGGCGUCUACGUCAGCCAUCCGGGUAAUCCACCCGACCUUCGCCGAAUUCCUGAUCGACUCAGGUCGCUGCACGAACCAAUCAUUUGUCGUCAAUUCGCAGCAGCAGCAUGCACGCUUACUUCGCGGGUGUCUUAAGGCCCUGCAGGAGCUGAGGCGGGACAUCUGCGAUAUCCGGGACCCCUCUCUGCUCAACACCGAGAUUCCGAACCUGCUCGAUCGUAGGGAGAAAGCGAUACCGCCACAUUUGAAGUACGCCUGUCAGCACUGGUGCACUCAUCUAGUGAACGGAGAACCUUCGUCCGUCGAGAUUCUAGAACCACUUGUGGAGCUUGUGGAGAACCGAUUGCUGUACUGGGUGGAAGCCUGCAGUGUGCUUGGAGUGCUGAGGGAAGCUAUCUCGGUGCUGUUGAGCGACUGCGAGCGGCUCAUUGUCGGCUACUUCCCUGCAAUCAGCGGUUCAGCGCUGCAGCUGUACCACUUGAUCCCGCUACUCAUUCCAAGGAAGACGGCACUUGCCCGGAUCUACGCAGGCGAGUGUCGCGCGGAGAACUCUGUUAAGGUUUUCGGGGGCGUGACGGACUCUUGGGACGCUUGCCUAGGCACGGUCACUGCACAUGAAGGUCAAGAAGUCAGCGCCGUCGAUUUUUCGCCCGACGGCAGGACGAUCGUCUCUUCGGGGGAAGAUAACAAGAUUCGGCUUUGGGACGCCCACACCUGUACCCUGCUUCUCGUCCUCUUCGGUCAUUCCAACCGGGUUCGCUCUGUCAAGUAUUCCCCGGACGGCGCUCGCAUUGUCUCCGCUGCUGAUGACUGCACAGUCAAGAUCUGGGACGCCGUAUCCGGUGUGCUUCUCUGUGCCCUGGAAGGGCAUACAGAUUGGGUUCCCUGCGCAGUCUUCACACCCGACGGCAGA